UCAGCGCUGCGGGGCUGAGCGGGAGGUUCCUCGGCCGCGCUGGGCGUCUCUGUGAGCGCGGGCGGGCGGACUGCGAGGGGCGAGCGCCCUGUGCGCGCGCGCUGUGGGCAAAAGCAAUGCAACCUGCUCUGAAGAAGGAAGACUUUCAAGCCCCCUUGUCAGCAGAGCUAUAAGGUGAAGUCGGGAAGAGCCCACCCCUGUGCACGUGGGGCAGAGCCAGGGGAAAGGCCAGAGCUCUCCCUGUGCAGCCUGGAAAGGAUGUCUCCCAGCCUUCAGGAAGGUGCGCGGCUUAGGGAGAGCAAACCCUCACCCUGCUCCUUUUCAAUCGAGAGCAUCUUAGGGCUGGACCAGAAGAAAGACUGUGUCCCGUCACCGAAACCUCACAGGCCCUGGGCAGAUACCUGCAGCUCCUCAGGGAAAGAUGGUGACCUCUGUCUACCUGUCCCGAGUCUUCCUGGUGGCAUCUCAUUUCCUUGCACAGUGGAUCACCCAGUGACAGAAGAAAGAGCUUUGCAAUAUGAACAGAUCUUUUCAACCUCGGAAAGACUGUCUUUGAAAAGAGAGAUGAGUUGGUAUAGAGGACGAAGACCAAGAACUGCCUUUACUCAAAACCAGAUUGAAGUAUUGGAAAAUGUCUUUAAAGUAAACUGCUAUCCUGGCAUUGAUAUCCGAGAAGAUUUAGCUCAAAAAUUGAAUCUAGAGGAAGACAGAAUCCAGAUUUGGUUCCAAAAUCGGCGAGCAAAGCUGAAAAGGUCCCACAGAGAAUCACAGUUUUUAAUGGCAAAAAAAAAUUUCAACACAAAUCUCAUGGAAUAGAUAAGAGGAAAACUAAACAAGUGAAACUAUCUUUCAGUUGCAGAAUGAAUCAAUGGAAAUAUCAAGUGUUUAAAUGUGAUGUUUUCUUUCUUGCAUUUACUCCAAAUAUUGUCAUUUUUUCUGAAAAUAUAUUGUAAAUAAUUAUGAUUAUAGCAUGAUACAUAUUAUAUCUGGGCACUUUUAAUUACAUGAAAGACCUUUCCUAUAUAUUUUAAUAAACAUUUUCAGAAAAGGCAACUAUUUUUUAAGUAAACAAAGUUAAUCUAAUAAAUCAAUAUGCUAAAAUCAGUAAACUCAUGACUUUUCCACAAGCUGAAUUCCAUUUACAAAGUACUCCAAAUAAAAUAAUAUGAAAAAAAAGAGUACAAUUUACUUCAGUUAGUUUCCUUCAAGCACAUUUUCAAAUACGAUUAUGUUUAACUGUGUUUAACCAUAUUAUAGAAUAUGAUUUAUUUGUGAAUCCUGUUUUUAUUGAUUUAUGCAGUAAAUCAUCAUAUAGCAAAACAAAGCCUUCUGGCAAGCCAGUUUCUAGGGUUUUUUGUGGUUUUUUUAAGGGAAAUCAUGCCAAAAUAGCAAUAUAAAACAUCACUUGUCAUACUCACAGCAUUGCUAGUGCACUACACAAAAAGAAUUAAGCUGCAAAUAAAUGCAAACUU